AUGUUCUCUGCUUUUAUGUCAGCAUAUUGGCUGGCAAAACAUGAAGUGGCCAACUCCAAACUUUUGUCCCUUCUUAAACUUCUUGAAACAUCUGGAGUAGAGCAUAUGAAAUAUUUUUCAUACAAAGGUGAGGAAACACUUCGUGAUAUUUUUCUAACAACUGGUGAAGUAAUCCAAGAUACAAUCAUACAACAAGCAACUCAAGCUGGAUGCUAUGGUAUUUUAAUGGAUGAAGUAAGUGAUAUUUCAGUUCUGGAAUUAUUAGUAACUUUCAUACAGUAUGUUCAUGACGGGAAGUGA